CGAGCAAAGAUGGCGGAUGACAAGGAUCCUCUGAAACAGUUAAAAGAUUUGACGCAGCUCAAACAUCAGCUGGAGGAAAUCCAGAGGCGAGUAGAGAGCGAAGUUUCUGUGGGAAUUCCUCAGGGAGGCUCUGUGUUUGGAUCUCCAUUUUUGAAGGGCUUACUGGCUGGCUAUGUGGUUGCCAAGCUACGCUCCUCUGCCAUCCUGGGAGUGCUGCUGGGAACAAUCACUGGAAUGUACGCGGCACAGAACUAUCAAGUGCCCAACACUGAAAGGACCGUGAAAGACUAUAUGAGCAGCUUGAAAAAAGGACCAAAAUAAUCUGGUC